AUUGUAAAAAUUACAAAACAACAAUUCAAAUCAGUAAUCAAGAGUAACAGUUUCUUACAUUUAUUGCUUAGCCAGCUAAUUAAACGAAAAGCAAUACUCCAUCAUUUCUCGAUUUCUUUAAAAAGUGAAUUUAAAAAUGCCGCAAGAUAUCAAAGCAUUUUUUCAUGAAUGGUGUUCAAAAAAUAAGUUGGAUCCACAAUUUGAAGUGCGUCCUACAGGAAAUAAAUUUCGACAACGCUUUUUAUGUGAAGUUCGUGUUUCUGGUUUUCCUUAUGUAGGAGCGGGAAAUUCCACAACAAAAAAAGAUUCAGAAAAGAACGCGUCACGAGAUUUUGUAAGCUUUCUGGUAAGAAGCGGUAAAAUAAAGGAAAAUGAUGUUCCGAAUGAAGGUAAUGACAACCAACCACAACCUUCUUCAAGUGAAAUUGCUGGAACAUCAAGUUUUGAAGAAAAACCUCAAAGCGGAUCUUUAUCAAUGUUUUCUCCUCAACAACUUGGAAGUGCUUAUAGACCAGCACAGUAUGACAAUGAUUUUGGACCACAAUCAUACAUGGAUAGAGCUCAAGAACAAGCACGAAUGGAAGAAGCUGAAAGUUUAGAUGUUAAUGCGUCUAUUCACGGAAAUUGGACAAUAGAAAAUGCCAAAUCAAAGCUGAAUCAAUUCAUGCAAGCAAAUAAGAUUAAAGGAGAAUUUCAUUAUAAAUCUGUCGGACCUGAUCAUAAUCGGAGUUUUAUGGCUGAAAUGACAAUUUACAUUAAUCAGCUGCGAAGAUAUAUCACAGGUCGUGAAACUGGCAGUAAUAAACAAUCUGCUUCAAAAUCAUGUGCAUUAAGUUUAGUUCGUCAACUUUUCCAUCUUGGCGUUAUUGAAGCUUACAGUGGAACUUUAAAGAAAGCUAAAACUGAGGAUAAAAUUCCAAAUUAUCCAGUCAAAGUUGAUCCACAACUGAUAAGUCAAGCGAAACAAGCUUUGCUUGAUCUUGGAAUUCAACCAGUUCAUGUCAAUGCGAAUGUGAAUAUGGAGAAUCCAACAAGCUUAUUGAUUCACGUUCCACAACCCAAAAGAAAUCCACAACCAUUUCAAAUCACUGGAAGUGUCAUUCCAUGGUCACCUCCAAUUCCUAACUGGAACCCAUGGAAUGGAUCAAACAUUGAUGAAGGAUAUUUAGCCACUGCAUCUUUAGAUCAACUAAGUGAUGAUCUCCUAGCAAAUGCAAGAGAACGAAAGAUAAACGACAGAGAUUUAGAAGUUCGCACCAAAGCACGAGAAACUUUGCCAAUUCAUUCAAUGCGACGAGAAAUCAUGGAAACGAUUAACGAUCAUUCAGUUGUAUUAAUUCGUGGAAAUACUGGAUGUGGAAAAACAACUCAAAUUGCACAAUUCAUUUUGGAAGAUUUUGUUGCUUCUGGUUCAGGCGCAUGGUGCAAUGUUGUGGUGACACAACCAAGACGUAUUUCAGCUGUAUCAGUAGCUGAACGAAUUGCUUAUGAACGUGCAGAGUUGCUUGGUGAAUCUGUUGGAUAUUCGGUGCGAUUUGAGUCGAUGUUGCCGCGACCAUAUGGAAGUAUUUUAUUCUGUACGAUUGGAGUUUUAUUGAGAAAACUCGAACGCGGUCUUCGAGGUGUUUCGCAUGUUAUUGUUGACGAGAUUCAUGAAAGAGAUGUCAACAGUGACUUCAUUAUGGUCGUCUUACGGGACAUGGUUUCAACUUAUCCAGACCUGCGAGUCAUUUUAAUGUCAGCAACAAUCGACACAACUCUAUUUUCUGAUUACUUUGGAAACUGUCCAGUCAUUGAAGUUGAAGGUCGUGCUUUUCCAGUUAAACAAUACUUUCUUGAAGACACGAUUGAGCUUGUGAAAUUUAUCGGACCGACAGCCGAUUCGAGAAAGAGAAAACGAGGUGGAGAUGACGAUGGAUCGGAAGAUGUAAUUGGAAAUGAUGAUCAAGAAGUUAAUUGCAAUAAAGUCAUUGGAAAUCAAUAUUCAGUUGAAACAAAGAACACGAUGGCAAAUUUAUCAGAAUCUGAAGUCAGUUUUGAGUUAGUUGAAGCUUUGAUUAUUUACAUAAAGACUAUGAAAGUGGACGGCGCUGUGUUAGUUUUUUUGCCAGGAUGGAAUCUUAUCUUUGCGCUUAUGAAACAUCUUCAAAAUAAUCCUCGAUUGGGAAGUUCUGAAUAUGUCAUUCUCCCAUUGCAUUCGCAACUUCCACGAGAAGAUCAAAGAAAAGUUUUUGAUAAAGUUCCGCCAGGUGUCACUAAAAUCAUUCUCAGCACGAACAUCGCGGAAACUUCAAUCACAAUUAAUGAUGUCGUUUUUGUCAUUGACAUUGCUAAAGCUCGUAUGAAACUUUUCACGAGUCACAACAACUUAACUUCUUAUGCCACUGUUUGGGGAUCCAGAACAAAUCUUGAGCAGAGAAAAGGAAGAGCUGGUCGUGUUAGACCAGGAAUUUGUUUCACUCUCUGUUCACGAGCACGAUUUGAGAAGCUUGAGGAGCACAACACGCCAGAAAUCUUCAGAACGCCACUUCAUGAAAUUGCUUUGAGUAUCAAACUUUUAAGAUUGGGCGCUAUUGGGCAAUUUCUUUCGAAAGCUAUUGAACCACCGCCACUUGAUGCUGUUAUUGAAGCUGAAGUGUUGUUAAGAGACAUGAAAUGUCUUGAUGAAAAUGAUGAAUUGACGCCAUUGGGAAAAGUUCUUGCUCGUCUGCCGAUUGAACCGAGAUUGGGACGAAUGAUGAUUAUUGGAAAUAUUUUUCUGGUUGGCGAUACUCUUGGAAUUAUGGCCGCAUUUUCAGGAACAUAUUCAGAAAUAUUCACGCUCGACAUGGGCCAUCGAAGACUUUCAAAUCAUCAAAGAAACUUAGCUGGAAAUAAAAGUUCAGAUUAUGUUGCAAUGGUGAAUGCAACUCAAAUGUGGUUGAAUGCAAGAAAUCGUGGCGAAAGUGAAGAAAUAAAGUUUUGUGAAUGGAAAGGACUUCAAUUGCCAACAUUUCGUGUCGCUUUCGAAGCUAAAAGACAAUUACUUGAUCUGUUGAAUCAAGCGGGAUUUCCUGAAGAAACAAUGCUUCAAACAAAGAUGGAUCCAAACAUUCCAGAUCCAACAUUAGACUUAGUUCUUGGAAUUUUAAGUGCUGGAUUGUAUCCAAAUAUUUGUUACCACAAGGAAAAGCGUAAAGUAUUGACAACUGAAUCAAAAGCUGCGCUUAUUCAUAAAACAUCAGUCAAUUGCUCUAACUUAAAAGUUACAUUUCCUUAUCCAUUCUUUGUAUUCGGUGAGAAGAUCAGAACACGAGCAGUUUCAUGUAAACAAAUGUCGAUGGUUUCGCCUUUAAAUUUGAUUCUUUUUGCAUGCAAGAAGAUUGAUUACGUUGAAGGUGUUGUUCGACUUGAUAAUUGGUUGAAUUUUGAAAUGAAUCCUCAAGAUGCUGCCGUUAUUUGUGGAUUGCGUCAUGCAAUGGAAGAAAUUCUUAUUCAUGUUGUCGCUCAACCUGAAGACGUCUUAAACUUAGAUCAAAAAUAUAACAACAUCUUGAGUGUCAUUAAAAAGCUUGCAGAAUUUUCUGCUGGUGAUUACCAAAUAACAAGAGAAAUCGGAAUCGGAGCAGAUCGUGAAUCAAACUUUGGACAUCCAGGCUCGUCUGGAUUUGGAGGAAGCAAAUUUCCCCGAAAUGAUUCUUAUCGUGGAGGAUUCAGUUCGGGCUAUCAGCAGCGAGGAGGAUAUCAAGGAGGGUAUCGUGGUCCAAAUAGAGGUGGCGGUGUUAAGUUUGAUUUAAAGUAUAACAAAAUGUCUAAUUAUACAACAAUCCCAAAUUCCACUCCCGAAAACUUUGAUUGUCUACAAACUUUAAACAACAAAACUGUCAUCAUAACGAACCUUUACGAGGGAAUUCCUCAAACGUUGAUCUUGAAUCUGAUUGCGUGGGUGUUUCUGAUACUUUUAUUCACAUUACUACGACAACAAGCAUGGGAUUAUGGGAGACUUGCCCUUGUCAACAGCAUCACAGGAAAGAAGUGGACUCAGAUAUUUUAUGCUCACGGGAAUAAUCAGGAAAUUUUGAAUAGUUUAAGUAAUGAAAUGAUUGCGACAGAUAAUGGAGGUGAUGUUGAAACGCCUGAACAAUUUCACGUUCGUAUGCAUCGUCAGCAUUCUGUUAUAGAUUCCGGUUUCUUUUCGUGGAUUGUCGCGACAUGGAAGCUUCGUAAGGAACAAAUUUUAAGGCAUUCUGGCCCAGACGCAGUUCAUUACUUGAACUUUCAAAGUCAUUUAAUUAUUGUAAUGGCAAUCAUCACUUUCAUAUCAAUAGUCAUAAUUUUACCAAUAAACUUCACGGGACAAUUGUUUGGAGAUAUAAAUACCUUCGGACACACAACAAUUGCAAAUUUAGACGCAAAUUCUAAACUUCUUUGGGUUCAUACAAUUUUUGCAAUUCUUUUUGUUCCCCUCGUUGUUCUCAUCAUGCGAAGAUCAAGCGGAAGAAAUGCUGUCAAGGUCGCUCCAACAAGAACAGUGAUGAUAACUGAUGUAGCAAAGCCAGAUUGUAAUAGAAACACAAUUCAAAAUUAUUUGCAGCAAAUCUUUCCCGAUGUUGAAGUGCAAGAUAUUCAAAUAGCUUAUAAUAUAAAGAAAUUAACACAAGUUGCAAAGGAAUAUGAAAGUGUGAUCGAAGCUCGAAUAUAUUGUGAGCAACAUCGUGGAGUUAAGACACGACCAAGUUGUUUCACAUGUGAAACUAUUGAUGCAUUAGAAUUCUAUAAAAAUGAAGAGCAAAGAUUGUGUGGAGAAGUGGCGAGAUUAAGAUCAGCAGCAAUGAACGAUCCAUUGGGAAUAACUUUCAUCACAGUUUCUUCAACGUCAAUUGCUAAACAUAUGAUUGCACAUUUUCAAGCGUCAUCUAGCAAAGAUUGGACUCUUACUUAUGCACCUGCACCAGCCGACAUAUUUUGGGAGAAUCUUUCAGCAAAUUCCGCUAAAUGUCUUGGAUUGUUCUCAGCGUCUGCUUUCUUGCAAUGGUCAGUGAGCCUUACAAACUCAUCAGCAACGAUUAAGUUUGAAUGUAUUUUUCUUCCUGAUCGUGGAGCUUUCUUUGUAAAUUAUAUCAUCACGAUGUGCUUCAUUGGAACAGCCUUGGAACUUAUUCGCUUUCCUGACCUCAUCAUGUACAUUUAUAGAAUUUUAACGGCAAGAAGUGAAGCUGAAACACCUCACAUUAGAAAAUCGAUUGUUAUUGAAUUUGUUUUUGGUAUUCAUUAUUCGUGGACUGUCAUGGUCUUCACAAUGGCAACUGUUUAUUCACUUGCGUGUCCACUCAUCACACCAUUUGCAUUAAUUUAUUUAAUGCUUAAGAACUUUAAUGACAAACAUAAUUUGUAUUUUGCUUAUGGACCAUCACAUAUGGUGUCACAAGGAGGUGGAAAGAUUCACUCGACAGCUGUCACAAUGACAAAAUUUUCUGUCGUUCUUUUAUUGAUUGCAUUCACUGGAAUUUCAUAUUUAAGAGGUGGAAAUCAAUUCACUCUUCGAACGACAAUUCUCUUCUGCUCUUUGGUGAUAUCUUUAGGUUUAUUUAGUUUUAUGAGUCCAAUUAAGAAAUGCACCACAAAACCUUUGACAAUUAUUGAAGAUUCUUCAUUAUCAGCUCCAAUUUAUAUUGCUGACGUCUUUCUAAAUAAUCGAAUCAAUGGAAAUUCUCCAAAUCACAUCAGUUAUGGAUCAUCAGAUAACACAAACCACAAUGACACCGAACAUUCAUCUCCAGGUUCACUAAACGGUGGAGUGCAAAUAUGAGAAGUUUAAUCGAAUUUUAUCCAGUGAAAUGACGAUAAAUUAUUGGCUCAAGUGACUGGCAAGAAAGAAAAGAGUUGCUUCAUCAGUUUGUCGAGAUUCCACUGUAAUUUAUCAAUUAAGAUUGUGAUAUUUAUAGAAAAAAAGAGAUUUCAAAUGCUUCUUCAUUCCCUCCUUAAUUAGCACCAAAUAAUUACCAUUGAAAGUUGUUUUUAUUCUUUUUUAUUUAUACUUUUAUUUUUGUUGAUCUUUUCUUCCUUUUUUUGUUUUUAAAUUAAACAUUAAAACAUUAAUUUCCUUUCUAGUUUGAUUUGUAAAAGUUAGGAAAUAUUUAUUGGGAAAUAUGAAUUAUGAUAAAUUUAAAAGUUAAUAAAGUCUUAAUUAUGUUUUUUUUUCUAAUCUAAGUAACUGAAAACUAAUACAAUUUAUUCUUUUUAUUAUAUAAUAAUGUCGUCAUUUUUAAAAUUAUGUGACAAUUCAGCCAAAGAAAAUCAAUUUGGGUCAAUGUGUCACGAAAUUUCUCGACUUUUCUUUUCAUGAAAAGUGAAAAAUCCUUCACGUGUGAUCGGAAAUUUCUCGAUGACGAUUUUUGUUUCUGACAUUUUUCAAACUUUAAAACUAAAGUUAAGUCUCAACCUAGAGCUUUCCUUCCUUUUAUUUGUUUUCUCUAUGAAAAGUUUGUGAGGGAAAAAUGAAAUUUUCACCAUUUUCAUGGAAACAAAAUUAUUUCUAGGUUGAAAGACAUUUCAAGUCAAAACUAUCUAAUCAUAAACAGUGAAUUAAAUCUAUUUUUAACAAAUGCGUUUGUAGAAAAACUCUUGAUCGGAUUAAUAAUAAAAAAUGAUAAAUUUGAAUCGAUUUUCUUUUCGUUUUAACAAAUUCGUUUCAGGAUCUCAGAGAGAAGGCAAAGAAAGAAACUUUCUUAAGAAUCUCUGAGAAACUUCAAGAACAAGAAUUCCGAGAUACUUAUCAAUGCAUGUCUUAUUUCUUCGAAAGCUACUCAAGUGUCUGAUUAAAUGUAUCUACAUUAAAAAGAUUCCGUAAAUUUCAUAUAAAAAAUUCCGUCAAAGGCAUCAGUAAUUUGAAUAAAAAUAUUUAAUUUUAAAUCCUCUAAACGUGGGCAUAAUUUUGUAAAUAUCGUGGCAAAACUGCUCAACUUUCUUUCUCUUUUUGUAAAAUUUAAUGCACUUAGAAACGAAUAAGUAGCUUUAUAAAAUAAUUAAUUGAAAUAAAAAGAAUAUUUGAAAGAAACUGCAAAUAGCAUCUUCAAUAAUGGAAAUUAAAGAACCGUCAAAUUAAUGUCUCUAAUGAGAUAUUUAGGCUUCUCGUGUGAAAAUCCAAUUCAAAUGGCACGGCCAAUGAAUUUUUAAGGCAACAUAAGCAAUUAAAGCACCGAAUUAAAAAGAAAAACUUGAAUUGCACUUUUAGAAACAUAAAUUUAGGAAUUGAAAUCGAGUAAAAGUUUGUCAAAUUUAAAAUUGAAUUCAUCAAAUAUUUUAUCGAAUGAUUUUUAAGAAACCUAAGUUUAGUUAGUUAGUUUAAUUUAUUAAAAUUUAAAACCGAGUUUAUCAUAAUCGCACUCUUGAAAUAUUAAUUAAAUUUGUUUUUUCAUUAAAGGAAAAGAAAAUUUCUUCCAUAAUAAGAGAAUGGCACAAAAUAUGUAAAUCAAAGUUA